AUGAGCGGCCCAGUCGACAUAAAAUAUUGCAUUAAAAUUUUUAUUAAUCUCCUGAAUUCUGUUGGAUUCUCAGAACUGGAAGCAGAAAGUGUCCGGUUGGCUAAGUUUGAUGACAUACGUGCAUUACAUCCGAUCAAGCGGCUUGUAUUUGAACUUAUAUAUUUUAUCAAAUAUGGGUGUGUGGAUGAAUUGUGUUCUGAGGGUUUCGAAAAAUUUUCGGACAAUGAAAUCCAUCGGUUUAUAUUUCAAAGUUUGUUGACAUAUGGAUUUCCUUUAAUACGCAAGAAUGUUGAUGAGAACUUCACAUCAAGACAAUUGCUUCUGGGAUCUAUAUGGAUCCUAGUUUCUUUUGAUGUCCUACCAAAAGUUGAACAAAUUUUGAUUUCUACUGCGAUCGGAAUGACAAAGAAAAUUUUCGUUCAUCAAAAUGAACAGAUCUUCACUUGUCCAGGAAGUAAUGUGUCUAUACCUCGACUCAUUUGGCUGCUUGGUCGUUUGCGCAUUCAUUUGAAAAAAUUGUACCACUUGAAAGGUGAAACUAUGAGAGACUUUCUUAAAUUAUCUAUAGAAAGACCGAAAUUGCUCCCACCCUCUCACUAUUGGAUCCUUCUAGAUUCGAAUGCUCUCCGUCAGCAUAUUCACAACGUACAGAAGAGUGUUUCAAAAUUACAUUUAUUAUUGUCCUGGAGAGAUGUAAACCACAGAUUUUGGCAAUGGAUUCGUAGUAUUUUAAAUGUUCAUGAAAAUAAUUUGGCUGAAACUAUUCCAAAUAAGUGGGUAUCUGACUCUGCUUGUGAUUUUAUUGAACUUGUUACAAGACUGUGUAGCUCUAUGAGUCAUUUUAAUGUCGAAUACUCUCAUCUUUUGGAUGAUACUAAGUCAAGUCUGUGUAAAAAUCUUAUAUUGAAUGAGAGUUUUAAUUCUACUGAGGAUAUUUUGUCAUGUAUACACAAAGAAUUGCUAAUUCUCACAGAUCUUGUAAUGUGUGCAAAUUUUCCCACUGAUACUGGAUUAAUGCCAUAUAAUUUUCGGUAUAAUAUUGUAAAUGAUGAAAAAGAACCUUUGGGAAAGGAAGAUAAGUUUGGUCUAAACUUCACUUUGGAAGAUGAAUGUGCUAAAUUAAAGUUAAUGCUCAAGAAUUGCAAAAAGCAGAAUAAUGUGUCGUUAGAAAUGAAGGAAUCUGGUGGGUUUCAGUAUAUUGAUCGUGAUCGGUUACUUUUGGCUGUUCAAAUAGCAAAACGGGAUGCCAGAUGCUUAUCAUCUAGUAAAAUUGAAGACGAUGAAUACAUUCUUGAAACAGCUCAAAAUUUCAACAACAGUUCCCUUUUGUCUUCAGUUGACAAUCGUCCUGUCCAAAAACCAACUCAAGUUAUUAGAAGUACUGAUCAGAAGUAUAAAUCAAUUUUGAGUAAACCUAGAAUACUUCCCUCAAGAAAUGACUUCUAUCAGACUACACGCAAACUUGCAACUAAUGCGCAUUAUCAAACAUUUGACGACAAGGCACCAGCUUGUAGUGAUUCUCCUCCAAUACGGGAUACAGAUAUCUGGACUCCGAAUCGUAAACGUGCUCUUCAUGAACCAACUGAAAAGCAGCUCAGAAAUUCACAGGAAUCUAGAAUACGUCAACUGCAGGCGAAGUUAUCUCAAUAUUCAGAUGCAUUAGAAGAAAUUCGGGCAAAGUGUUUGUCAAAUAAAGCUCAAUCUCAAGAAUUAGGAUCAACUUGUAAAGUACAGAAGAAGUCACUUUUAAAAAUCCCUGUAAAUCAUUCAAAAUCAGUAAUCUCAUCUAUUAUACGUCCAAAAUCAUCAGCUUUACGUUCUCACUUAGUUUGUAGACCGAAUACACGAAAUUCUAGUAAAAUAAUAAAAUCUCAUUCAUUUAAUGGUGUUAACUUAACUCAUGAUAAUUGUCCAAUGUCUCCAACGUCCAUUUCAACCAAUGCUAGAGAUCAUUAUGAUUCAAAAGUAUCUUCACUUUGGGAGCAAGCUAUUAAUUCACCGAACUUAGAUGGAUCUAGUGCUGUUACUUGUCAACCUGGAGAAUAUCUAAAGAACCAGAGUCCAGUGAAAUCCUUGUGUACAAUUACUAAUGACCAACACAUUCAGAACUCAUCUAACCAGCUUACCAUCAACGCGAUAAAAUCAAAUCUUGAUGAUUGUCGCGUACUUUGUUCUGCUGCUCAAGAACUUUUAAAACAAAUUGAUGAAGCUGAGUUAGAAGAGAAUGCUAUUCGUCAGCGAUGGGCUAAUAAAUUAACUUAUAUUCAUGAUGACAGAAGAUUGCUGAAUAAUUUUCCUCUUACCAAGAAAGAUGAUUCAGUAUGCAAAAAUUAUAAAUCAGACGUGCUUUCAUUAUCACAAUUUCAACAAAAUGACAAGUCAAUUAUCCGUCCUGAUACUUCAACGUUUCAAUUUCCAAAAAAAAUGAAUAUUUAUAUUUAAUUCAUGCAUGCUGAGGGUCCAGCGUCAAAGUGACAUCCACUCCAAUGUCAAGUCUUAUAACUCAUUAGUCGAUAGAACACUCAAUUCCCUAUCCACAGUCUGUCAGUUCAAAUCCAAUUAUAGUUAAGAUUUCUUUUCACUUUCAAACAUGAUAUAAACUAAUGAUUAAUAGCUUCUAAAUAUUUCUUCGAAAUGUUGUAUUAAUAGACUAUACAAUUAUUUAUUCCAUAUCUAUACAUGUUAAGUAGUUUCGUACUCACUCUUGACUAAGUCUUCUUUGUCACAAUUGUGUUGAUUUACAAAUUACAUUGUGUGAUCAACUCUCAAUGUUAUUUAAAUAUCAUUUACUUAGUAUAUUUUCAAUGCAAAAUAUUUCUUAGUAGAGUAAUGUACCUCCAUACUAGGUCUAAUAUUAUGUUUUGUCAACAAGACAAAUACUAAAUUAUUCUGCAAGUCUAUAAUUUAUGGACUAACUAAUCAGAUUUAGGAUAACAGGUAUUGGAUAUUUGCACGGAAUUCAUUCACCCAUUUGUCUAAAUAGAGUUUUGACAUUUUAGCUUAUGUCAGUUCGUGAUGAAAACAAUGAACCUAAUUCCUAACCGUAACCAUCUGUUUUAAAUCAUAAUCCUUAUUCAUCAAACUGUUUUGUGACUUUUGUUUAGCCCUAAUAAGUAGAUAGGCGUUCUCACGGUCACUAGGGCGUCGCUCAAAGGUCGUCCAUAGAUUAUAGUCUCACGAGUUAUUCCAUAUCAUUUCAUGUAUUAUGAGAUAAUUCAUUAGGCUAGAAUAUUAUUCUAAUUACAAUUGUAUAAAAAAGUUUGAAACAAGGAUAAUCGGGAUUUCAAAGUAUUUGUUAGUUUUUCUUAUGAUUAUUUUUUCCAUGUACUAAAUUGUAGUGUCUAGUCUUAUGUCAAGCCCGCACAGGUUAUCGUAACCUCCGGGCAGACUGAUUUAUUGACUCUUUUCAUGUCACAUUUUGACUUUGCUAAUUAUUCGCUUAUUAACCAUGACUGUUUUUAAAUGAGUGUAUGUUUGUUAAUUGCUUAUCCUAUUCAUUACGUGUCUUUAGCUUAUCUUUGCUUGACUAUGAAUAUUGAGUCGCGCUUGAUCAGGUUGAGUUGCCUCCCUCACCUUCUCUUCUCCCCGUCGCUUCGUUUCCCAUAUUUCCGACGACAUUCUCUACUUCGUUCUCCCUUCGCCUUCUCCACUUUGUUUCUUUGGUUGUAUGUC